AUGGGCGGAAAAGCGAAGAGGAAGUCGCGGUCUGAGAGUGAGCAUGAGGAUGGCCUGUGCUGCUGCGAGUAUAUCAACCAGAAUGGGCAGCGGAGCCACCUGGCAGCCUGUCUGUGUGACUGCGCCGAUCUGGACCAAGCCUGUGACGGGUAAGUCAGCAUUGUGGAAAAUGAGUAGGCAGCCGUGUGACUUCGCAGGGAAUCCUGGGAAUUUUCUUUUUCUUCCUUUUGUUUAUCCAUUUAGUAUUUGUAGAAUAUUCUAUGUGACUCCCAUUCUGUUGUUUACAGAUGGAUUACGUGCAAGCCCUCAGAGCCGCAGGUCUGGGCCCGUGCUGUGGAGACGGCAGCGGACCGUUUCCGAGUUCCGUGGAUCCGUGGGGCCAAGAAGGUUGACGUGAGCCUUAUUCCCCCGCUGCUCCUGCUACCGAUCUGCCUGCACAUUGCCGCACUCCAUGUUCUGCUGGCUGUGGUUAUCCUGACCUCCCUCCCGGUGCUGGUGAUAUGGUAUUACCACCUCACUCACCAGCGUAAGGGCAAGACCCUUCUGUUCUUGAGCCUGGCCUUGUUCUCUCUGGGAUACAUGUAUUACACGUUUGUGCAGGAGAUGUUUUAUAAAAGUAACAUUGGAUGGGGCCAUUUCUCCGUGGUUAGCUGCGGCUUGCUGCUGACCAUUCUAUUUCUAGUUAAAGCGAAACAAGACCCUGGCUACCUCAUUAGAAGUGAAAAGACCACUUCAAUAAAGCCUGAGGCUAGCCAUGAACUGGCCAACGGCUUCCGGACAGUUAGAAGCGCGAGUUCGAAGGAAGGCAUUGCUCUGUUAUAUGGGGAGAGUCAAAUCCCAGAGAAGAACUGGUGUAACAUCUGCCAGCUCGUAAAACCCCCACGCAGCGGCCAUUGCAGGAUCUGCGGGGCGUGCGUUCGCCGGAUGGAUCAUCACUGUGUGUGGUAGGUCCUCGCCAGUAAAGCUUUCAAAGAAAAAGAAAGGGAUUUUCAGACUUGUUUCUUUUUAAAUGGUUCAGCAAUUUAUGUUCCUUUUUAGUAAACCAUUUGUAGCUAGGUAUCCUGUAUCUUGCAUUUAGAAACUACUAUUCCCAGCAUGCAUUUGACUUUAACCAGUUGUUUACCCUUGGAGCAUUGGAUGGCCUGUAUGAUGAGAACGGCCUCUCUCUGUGCUCAGACAUAGUGAUUAUAAACUAUCUGUCAUGGGUGUCUAAGCCAUUCUACACGGGCCGUAAUAUCUGUAUAACUCAAGGGACACUUCCAUCCCCCUCUCCAUGAAUGCAUUGACUGGGUUUCUUACUGCUGGGCUGUUUUGAUUGGCCGGGAGAGAGGCCCCUUUUAAAGGCCAGUCUGGCAGGCUGACUAAAUUAAGAGGGAUACCAGCCCACCAAAUGAGGUAACACACACCUGAGCAAGUCUGGCUGAUAUUGACCAUAACAGAGGGUACAUCAGUUGGAUCCACACACAACCAUACAACACAAACUACAGCUUUGCAAACAGCCACUUUAUGAAUUAAAAAAAGCCUUGUCUUCUCUAUGUUGCAGGAUUAAUAAUUGCAUCGGGGAACGGAAUCACAAGUUCUUCAUCCUGCUUCUCAUCCUGUUUCAGUUCACUUCCAUAUACGGCAUCACAGUGACACUGAGAAUAAUCUGCAGGGGUCAAAGUAUUUUCACUGCCCUGUUAUACUGCCCAGGGGUGUAUGCGGAAUACAGGUAAGAAGGUGUCUAAUAUGGGAGACUGUGUGUGCGUAAUACAGGUAAGGGCUACACUGUACUGUACAUAGUUUACUUGGGAAAUGGGCUAAGCACUGUGGCAUGCAGAGUACAGGUAGCAGGGGAGCUGGAAUGUGGCCUGCAGUGUAUGGAGAAUACAGGUAAGGGGGAGGAGCCAAAACAUAUUGCAUGCGGGGGAAGGGGGAGGAGUUAGAACAUAUUGCAUGCAGUGUAUGCAGAAUAUAGUCAGGGAGGAGUUAAAAAUAGCAUGCAGAAUAAAGGCAAGGAGGAGCUAAAACAUAUUGCAUGCAAAAUAUAGGCAGGGAGGAGUUAGCACACAGAAUGCAGGCAAGGCAGAGUAGCUGCACUGUAUGCAGACUACAGGUAAGAGGGUAGGCACUUGGAUACAGCAUGCAGUAUAUACAAUAUAAAGGUGCAGGAGAGCUAGUGUACUGCAAACAAAAUUACUAAGUGGCAGGACUUCAUCUAUGCAGAAUACAGAUAAUGGCAGGAGAUGGGGUAGUACGCACAGUGUAUGCAGAAUACAGAUAAUGGCAGGAGAUGGGGUAGUACGCACAGCGUAUGCAGAAUACAGAUAAUGGCAGGAGAUGGGGUAGUACGCACAUUGUAUGCAGAAUACAGAUAAUGGCAGGAGAUGGGGUAGGACGCACAUUGUAUGCAGAAUACAGAUAAUGGCAGGAGAUGGGGUAGUACGCGCAGCGUAUGCAGAAUACAGAUAAUGGCAGGAGAUGGGGUAGUACACGCAGCGUAUGCAGAAUACAGAUAAUGGCAGGAGAUGGGGUAGUACGCGCAGCGUAUGCAGAAUACAGAUAAUGGCAGGAGAUGGGGUAGUACGCGCAGCGUAUGCAGAAUACAGAUAAUGGCAGGAGAUGGGGUAGUACGCGCAGCGUAUGCAGAAUACAGAUAAUGGCAGGAGAUGGGGUAGUACGCGCAGUGUAUGCAGAAUACAGAUAAUGGCAGGAGAUGGGGUAGUACGCACAGCGUAUGCAGAAUACAGAUAAUGGCAGGAGAUGGGGUAGUACGCACAGUGUAUGCAGCUUACAACUGUGGGGAAAGGACUAAACCUAUUUCAAUAUAAGUGCAGGUAAGCAGGGAGAUAUCACAAACAUUUGCUGCACUGGGCGUUUAUAAAAUAGAUUCUGCUGUUGGUCCCAUUCCUUUAUUUUGACUGGUCAGUUUAUAAUUUCUGCCUGUAUGCUUCCACCCAGCUCUUCUUUUGCCUUCACCUGUGUGUGGUACUGUACCAUCGUCACGGCUGGCAUGGCCUACGUUCUGCUUAUUCAGCUAUUAAACAUCAGCUACAACAUCACAGAGAGGGAGGCCCGCAUUGCCCUGCGGGAGAAGACUGGGAGGUGGAUAUUGGGAGGGCUGGUGGUAUAUACAGGAAGAUACAAUCAUGGAUUCUUUCAGAACUGGCUGCACUUCCUGUCGCUUGAGUCUCACACUGCGCGGUACUACGUGACAGACAUUGUAUAG